AUGGGGGAAGCUGAAGCGCCCGUCGAUGUCGAAGCUCCGGCGACGUCCAGGUCGGUGGGUUUCUGCGACAUCGCGAAGCACUUUGUGCUGAUGGGCUGGACCGCCUUCGGGGGGCCUGCGGCGCAUGUGGGCCUCUUCCAGAAGACCUUCGUAGAGAGGCUGGGCUGGAUGAGUGCAGACGUCUUCACUGAGCUCUUUGCAGUCUGUCAAUGCAUGCCGGGUCCCAGCUCCACUCAGAUGUCCUUUGCCUUGGGCACCACGAAGCAGGGCAUCCUGGGUGGACUGCUCAGUGGGAUUUUAUUCCAAUAUCCUGGGGCCAUCAUGAUGACCAUCCUGGGCAUGACGGCGCACAACUGGGCGACUCCCCAGGUCAUCGCCGAGCACACGUGGUUGGCGGGUCUGGUCGGUGGGCUCAGUGCGGCGGGAGUGGCCUUGGUGGCCUCGGCGGCGAUUGGGCUUUGGGCCAAGGCCUGCGGCCCAGCGGACGCCAAAGCCCUCGCAGGAUUUUGCUGCGUCGUGCUGCUGUACUACUCGGCGGAGCUCAUUGCGCCAGUGGAGCGCAAUGGGCGCGAUUGGAUGUGGAUCUUCCCUUUUCUCAUCAUCCUAGGAGGCGCCUUCACCUACUUCUGGAGACCUCCUCCCGAGACGAAGGCCUGCUGGAUUCGAGUGGUUCUUCUGGCAAACUUGGAGCCCACAAGAGAAUGGGCCAAGCCGCCCAAGGAGCAGCCCCCCAACCCGCCGCUUGCGUCUCUUGCAUGUUCUGCCAGGGGCGCUCUGAGGCAUCCGCGCGGUCUGCAGGCUCCGCGUGGAGGUCCCGGCUCCGAAGGCUCUGGCAGCGCCCGGCAUGUUAAGAAUUUGGACUGUCUGAAGUUUGAAGAGUCUUUUUCAGAUGGUGUUUGGCGGUUUUAUUUGCACGUUUUGUAG